AGAGACAGGCAGGCAGGACUACAGGUACAGAGCAGAGAGACAGGCAGGCAGGACUACAGGUACAGAGCAGAGAGCCAGGCAGGCAGGACUACAGGUACAGAGCAGAGAGCCAGGAAGGCAGGACUACAGGUACAGAGCAGAGAGCCAGGCAGGCAGGACUACAGGUACAGAGCAGAGAGCCAGGCAGGCAGGACUACAGGUACAGAGCAGAGAGCCAGGCAGGCAGGACUACAGGUACAGAGCAGAGAGCCAGGCAGGCAGGACUACAGGUACAGAGCAGAGAGCCAGGCAGGCAGGACUACAGGUACAGAGGAGAGAGCCAGGCAGGCAGGACUACAGGUACAGAGGAGAGAACCAGGCAGGCAGGACUACAGGUACACGGCCGGGGGACUACCGGGGAUACCGGGCCUGGACAGCAGGGCAUGCUGGCUGCGGUUGGGAUGUUGAGGCAGAGCAGUGGUGGAGGCGGUGGUACCAGUGGAGGGAACAAACGAUCGCUGGGCAUCUCACGCAUCUCCAACUUCCACUUCUUCCCCUUGUCCGCUGGCAUGGGCACUGGUAUGGGCACUACGGCGGGUACCGGGACAGCGACCUUUGGGACGGGGGGCAGACAAGCCAAGAGAAGCUCCCUGAGCUCCAUCAGCUCUGGAUCGGACAGCCUGGAUGCCCCUGCUCCCCCUGCCGGGAACACCGACCCAGACUACAUCAUGCAGCUGGUCAACGACGUGCGUAACUUUGCUGACGUCCUCCUUCACUUCAAGGAAGCUUUUCACUCCAAAGAUCACCAGGACUGUCUUCACCAGGUGGUCCAUGAGCGCCUGGGGGAACUGCUGCGUGUGUUGAAGGCUGUCAUCAACAAACACCAGACCCUCAACUCUGUGGACAUCCUCAGUGCUGCAGGCACCGUCAUCGCACAGGUGAAAGGUGUUAACUUCAAAGAAGUGAAUGAAGAGAACAAGGAGAAGCUUUUCGGAGAGAUAUACACUUCAAUCGACACAUUGGCAUUCACCUUUGGCAAUGUAGUGUCUGACUUUCUUAUUGGAGAUGUAGACAAUGGAUCACCGUUGGGGCUGCCCCUGACUCGGAUAAGCAGGUCGUUCGAGAACCUUUCUGUGGAACCUGCAGGAUCCGGUCCAGAGAAAGAUGUUCCGCCAGGUCCGUCGCUCCCGGCGAGGGCGGAGGAGGUGGAUGGUGUGGACGUGGCUCUGCAGCGGAGCGAAGGCGGCGUGGAGUCAGCUCUACACUACUCCAAGGCCUGGUCUACGUACACCAGGGAGCUGCUGGCCUGGGUGGACAAACGAAUCAGUAUGGAUAUCGAGUGUGCGAGGAGCUACGCCAAAAUGGCAGAAUCAGCGAAGGCACUCGCAAGUCAUCAGGAGUUCAUGCCAUUCCGGGACGUCUACAUGUCUGCGUUCAAGAACGAUAUUGAGUACAGCCAGCUCCUACUACACACAGCAGCUGCCCUUCAAACCAACAAAUUCAUGCAGCCUCUCCUCGCGCGGAAGACCGAGCUGGACAAACUGAGGAAGGAGGUCAAGGAGCAGUGGCAGAGAGAGCAGAAGAAAUUGCAUGAGGCGGACAGUGCCCUGAGGAAGGCCCGUGUUCUGCAGACCCAGAGACAGGAGGAGUAUGAGAAGGCCCGGGUGUCCACCAGCCGAGUAGAGGAGGAGCAGCUGGGAUCAGCCAAGCUGGAGAAGAGACGCAGGCUGGAGGAAGAGGCUCUGCAGAAGGCAGAUGAGGCCAGAGACCACUGCAAGGCCUGUCUGACAGACGUAGGGGUGAAGAGAGUGGACCUGGCCAACACCAAGUGUGAGAUCCUCACCCAGUUACGAAAGCUGGUCUUCCAGUGUGACCUCACUCUGAAAGCGAUGACUGUAAACUGGUUCCAGCUCCAGCAGGCCCAGGUUGUGUCUCUGCCCGUCAACCACCAGUCUCUGUGUGAGAGCGCCAAGCUGUACGAGCCGGGACAACGCUACAUCAACUUCGUCAGGAGUCUUCCUGCCCAUUUAGACAGAACCAGGGUGGAGUCCUACUCCUUCGAUGCUAAUGUCUCGCACUGUGACAACGCAGGGUUACCUCUCGCCAAGCGGUCGUUGAUCAGCACCCACUGCAGUACUCACAGUUCCCACGGUAACCUGUCUCAGAUGUCCGCCACCUCUGGAGACUUCCUGGGGACCGACGAGGUGGACAGCCCGGUCCACACACGGCCCGCCAACAGCAGCACCGACAUCCAAGCUCUGAGGUUCCAGGGCCCGUUCCGAGCCUGGGGAACGGGUAGUCAGGGCGGGGGAAUGUGCAGUGACUCAGAGAGCACCGGAGGCAGCAGCGAGUCCCGAUCCAUGGACUCCCCCACCGCCAGCCCAGGUGACUUCAAGAGGAGAUUACCCAGAACCCCCUCCACGGGGACCAUGUCGUCAGCUGAUGACAUGGACGAGAGAGAACCGUCCUCGCCGUCAGACAACGGUCUGGGUGAGAUGGUGACAGAGACAGCCAGUUCCCCAGGUCCGUUCCGUGACAUCCAGAUGUCCAAGGCAGCCCAGACUCACAAGCUGAGGAAGCUGAGGGCCCUGUCCAAGUGCAGAGAGUGUGAUAGUCUGGUGGUCUUCUAUGGUGCUGAAUGUGAGGAGUGCUUCCUGGCCUGCCAUAAGAAGUGUCUGGAGACCCUGGCUAUCCAGUGUGGUCAUAAGAAGCUGCAGGGUAGACUGCACCUCUUUGGUAUUGACUUCACCCAGGCAGCUAGGAACAACCCAGACGGAAUCCCUUUCAUAAUCAGGAAGUGUACCUCGGAGAUAGAGAAUAGAGCGUUGGACAUCAAGGGGAUCUACCGUGUGAACGGGGCCAAGUCUCGUGUGGAGAAGCUCUGUCAGGUAUUUGAGAAUGGCAAGGACCUCGUGGAGCUAUCUGACCUUUACCCCCAUGACAUCAGCAACGUGCUCAAACUCUACCUGAGACAGCUUCCAGAGCCUCUCAUCCUGUUCCGUUUCUACAACGACUUCAUCGGCCUGGCCAAGGAGAGCCAGAACAUCAUCGUGGACGAGGUGGAAGCGUCCAGGGACAGCCCCAGCUCCCUGACCCCGCCGCAGGUCAGCGUGGAGCUCAACCGGGUCCUCUUCAAGAUCAAAGACCUCCUGAGACAGCUGCCCCCGGCCCACUACAAGACCCUGCAGUUCCUCAUCCAACACCUGCACAGGGUGACCGAGCAGGCGGAGGAGAACAAGAUGACAGCCAGUAACCUGGGCAUCAUCUUCGGCCCCACGCUCAUCAAACCCAGACAGACGGACGCCGAGGUGUCCCUGUCCUCCCUGGUGGACUACCCCUACCAGGCCCUCAUCGUGGAGCUCCUCAUCAGACACUAUCAGAUGAUCUUUGAUGCCCCCGUCAGCCCCCUGCCAUGGCCCCAGGGCCCCCCAGUCCCCUCUGAGGAGGGCUUCCCCUUGGAGGAUCAGGACCCUCACCCCCGCCUCACCCCUCAGGAGAAGCAGCUCAGCAGACAGUCUCUGGUAGACAUGAAGGAGCAGAGCUGUAAAUUGUUUAAGUGUCAUUCCUCUAUAGUCCCCUCCAACCAUGCAAUGGAGGAGGUCAGAGAUGGGAACCCCAGGUCUGAUGGGAGGGACUCUACCCCUGUGGUAGACGAGGACUUAGAGCAACUCAACAGGCUCCUGUCUGGCAGCAUCCCUGAGGUCCAGAGAGCAGGGGGAGAGAGGGGGAUGGAGGAAAGGGGUCUCACCCGGGCCCACCACACCACCUCCCGGGUCCAUCUCCGCCACCCCCGCUCCAAACUGGUCUCUCGGCCUUCCGAACGGCCCCUGAACCCGGCCCGAGGCGUGGAUGAGAGGAACGCCAGGAACACCGCUGAGCAAGACGACGGGAACGGUACCGGGAGCGCCAGGAGCAUUACGCGGGACCAGUCGAUCGGGGAGGAGUCGGAGGAUGAGAAGCCAAAGUCGAGGGCGACCAGCCUCUACCGGAGCGCGUUCAUCGACACGGGGACCUGGGACAGGCAGUACAAGCAUUAUGACAUCACCCCCAGGACAGCUAAGAUCAACCUGACUACAGCGGACGAGUUGGCCAAGGACUCGACCAGAAGCCUCGCCACAUCUGUACCAUCAUCCUCUUCCUUCAACUCCUUCGGGAGUGGUGGCUGCACCAUCGCGGUGAGAAGGGAGGAGAACGUGGGGGAGUACAGCCAAGUGCCCACUGUGUUCAGACCCCCCCGGCCUCUACAGCCACCCCCUGGAACCUUCUACAAUCCCCCCACGGGGAGCAAGACCAAUGCGCUAGGGGACGCGGGGCUGAAGAAGAACGUCACAGUAGCUACCAGCGCUGAGGAGGAAGAAGAGGACGAUGAUGGAGAAGAGAUGGGUCUGGAGGUCUCUGAGGCUCCGCAGCAGGCCCUGUCCCUGCCCCAGUCCCCCAGCUCCAGCCCUGAGAACCUCAGUCAGGAGGCCAAGCCCGUGUACCAGAGACUACGGCCCAGACGCUUGCAGGAGUUGGAGCACCGCGAGGCGCAUCUUGUAUGACCAUCUCUAGCGCAUUUCACUCACUGGACGUCAUUACAAUUCAUCAAGUCAUCUUUCUUCUGUGACUUGGAUUUAAAUGAUCAAAUCUGUAUAAUAUGUGCCAUAUUGUGUAAGAAAACAACACUAAAAUAAUUUAAUGAACUGUGAAAGAAAUGUCCCAUGGAAGUGUUAUAUACACCUGUGGAAAAAAUCUAGAGACCACUGCAAAUUGUUAUUAAAUCAGCAUCUCUACAUGUAUGACAGCCAUUCCAUUCCAGUGUCUGUUGAA